AUGAAGCAGAGAUUCCGAAACUUGCCCAGCGAGCGGCAUAAUGGUCACACUCCUAUUCCGCCGUAUAUUGCGAAUCAGAACCAGCUGAGCACAGAUAGCAAUGAUUCUCAAGAUUCUGUCCUAACCCAGGUUCCAAUGUCCUACCAUAUGGCAAAUUCAUUUGCACCACAACAAAAUUCUACUGACCAGGCUGUCCAAAAUGCGCAGUUCACUCAACAGAACUUUCACCAAGGUGACCAGUCAGGGGGGGUCUCUGGCAUUUCUUCGAAACCUCUCAACCCAACUUCUUCGGAAUUCUCCCCCCAAGGGUCCCAAUUCUGGAAGAACUCGUCACCCCAGAUGCCCUCGACGCCAUCAACUGGGUAUAAUGGCCAGCGCAGUGGUCAGCCGCAAGGUCGUGGCCAAAAGACAAAUCCGCAAACAAACUUGACGGCAAACGGGCAGAUCUACGCUCAACAUCAGUAUAAAAUGGCACCUAGUCAAAUUUCGUCGGCUCACUUUUACUCCAACAAUCAAGCAGGAUCUGCACAAGACACAAUGAGUGGCUCUGGAUAUCAGUACAACUCGAUCUUUGGAGCGCCAGCAGGCUCAUACCAAUAUAGCGGCACUUCUGCCUCUGCUAUGAACGCAUACCAAAGUCAGAAUCGCGGCCAUCAACCACCAGCUCUGGGUGCUGCUUUCUCCCAUGGCCCGAGUUUUGUUCAGCACAAUGCGGCUAGAGGUGCCUCUGAAGUCGGUCCUGCGCGAGGUGGAAAUGCAGGUGAAACUGGCGCUCGAGGUGAGGUUGGGCAGAACAGCCGCAACUUUCCAAAUCAAAAUGCUCUCGCUUACGGCAAUUUCUCACAACGCAGUGGUCAGGACUUCACCUAUGGUGCUAGAUCUGGAAUGGGAGCCGGGUUCAAUGGUGAAGGUCAUAAAUCUAACAUGGCAGCCGUAUCCGUUUCGACGUACCCUGAUAGCAGCCGCGGUUCAUACUCUUCCGGAACUGGUGGUCCCGUUCGCCCUCACGUUCUUCGAGAUUCAUCUCCUGAUCGGAGCAUGACCUCGAGCAAUUUAUCGCAUCAUUCUCGAUCUAUUGCUGACACUGCUUCUGCAAACCCUUCUUCGCAUUCCGCUCAAGGUGAUAGUAUUACUCGAGGUCCAACACCCGGCGAGCAAUCUCAACCUCUCAAUCUCGAAUUCAGUUCUGAACCUCGUGGUAUUCGAACCGCGUCGCGUAAUUCUAACCAAUCUUCAACACCUGAUAUUCGACCACGUCGCAGACAAUCGACUGUUAGCCUUUCAAGUGAUACUCUUCGUCGGCAUACCGAAACCUGGGAUAUCGCAAAGACAUUGAAAGGAUUAGAUGUAAACGACAAGACGGAAGACAUGAAACGUCACAAUAACCCCCCAAAGAUGAUCAACCUUUUGGCAGCUGGAGGCAUCACAUCUGGUAUCUUGUCACCCAUUACGGAAGGCCAAGGCAUGUAUGCUUCAGCGCCACCAGUUCGAUCUUUGGAUCCUUUUGGUCCUACACCUUCCAUGUCUUCUCCAUAUAGUGGUAGUACUUCUCUUGCUCCAGUCAAUAACAUGAGCAAUGCACUUCGCGCACUCACUGCAAACGGUAGUCGGAAGCCUUCAGUUGAAGAAGCUCUCUUACUUAACAACCUUCCAUUCAUCGAAAUGUGUAGAACUGCCAAGGUAGAUACCUGGGGUGUUGUCAAGAUCAAAAACAUCCCCUACAGUGUCAACCGAGCCGAAGUGAUGGCGUUUCUCGGCCGUAAUGCGAGAUUGAUCAAUGAGACUGAUUACGAACCCAUUCACAUUGUUAUGGAACGUGUCACGAGCAAGACCCUUGACUGCUACGUUGAAUUCGUAAACUUCAACGAGGCCGUUGCAGCUGUCAACCGUUUCGAGGGAAAUAGAAUUGGUGGCCGAAGUGGUCGUUUGGGACAACGUCAUGUUGAAGUUGAGCUUUCAAGCCAGGAGGCCUUGAUGAAGGAGUUGUUUCCGAAGGCUAAGAACGUUACCUGGAGAGGAGCGAGGCCCGAGAUUGCGCCCAGAGAUCCGAACGACAAGUACAACUCUGGUUUCCAAGGUUUUGUUAGCAAGGAGGAGUUGGUCAUGUUGGUCAAGCAUGUUGAGGCACCACAGCGAUCACCAUUCUCCAAGGAUUGUCCUCAACGUCCAUUUGAAUGUCUCAUUAGCACUUUGCUCAAGUAUCCUUGGUAUAUGGUUGAAUACAUCACCAUCGAAGACCGCAACCUGAUUCAUCAAACAACUAAAGAAUUGCUUACUAUGCUUGUCGAACGAGUACACAAUGAGCGCGAUCCUGUCAACUUGACUCACAUGCUUCUCAAGCGUGUCUGCCGAGCUGCUUUGAGAUGCCCAGGUUUUACGCCCAUCAUGAAGGAUGACAUUGUAUACAUUGCGGGUUUGGAAGAUAGACUUGCGAUUGAGGCUGGUGUUCCACCGUUCGCAUAUGAAUGGAAGGUUCUCUGGACUAUUGGCCCCAAGCCAGGUGUUCCGAAUGAUCUCCUCCUGUGGUACAUUGCAAUCAUCCGCGAAGCCACCGAAGAAGCCGGUCCAGUCCUAUCUCUCGCUCAACGUGCCGCCACACAACAGUCUUCCCAAGAAUCUCCCAAACUUUUCGGCAACCUCGAAAAGCACAUCCAGAGACGUCCAGGAUUGGCACAUCAAACACUCGCAGAAGUAGCUGAGACCGAAUGGGCUGCUAUCGAAAAAGUCCUAAUCCACGCCUUGACCCCGCGCAUCGAACAAUAA